AGUCCUUUUCAUAACUAAUAAAAAUAAAAGUACAGUUUCUGGAUUUGUGGUAAUUGUCGUUGUCAUCACCAUGGCCAUUACAGGUAGCAGGAAGUCAAUUUAUGCUAUACUUAAAUUAGUUUUGCUACUUUGUGUGGUCAAUGGUGUGGCAAGUCGGGAUGGCAAAGGUGGUCAUCACAAAGGUGGUCAAGGAGGUCAUGGCGGAGGUGGUCAUCCCGGAGGUGGUCAUGCCGGAGGUGGUGGCAAAGGUGGUGGUCACGGAGGUGGUCAUGCCGGAGGUGGUCAAGCCGCAGGUGGUGGCAAAGGUGGUGGUCAUGGAGGUGGUCAUGCCGGAGGUGGUCAAGCCGCAGGUGGUGGCAAAGGUGGUGGUAAUGGAGGUGGUGGAGGUGGUGGUGGUGCUGUUUUUGACGUUACAAAAUACGGUGCUAAGGCCGACGAUAAGUCAGAUAGUGCACUUUCAUUUAUAAAAACAUGGAGGGCUGCAUGCGAUUCAGGAUCUGCGUCGAGAAUGCUUAUCCCAAAAGGGAAGUUUGUGGCGGGGCCGAUGGUGUUCGUGGGACCAUGCAAAGGCAAAAUUACCGUUGAGGUUCAAGGAUAUAUAAAAGCUACAACAGAUCUCAGUGACUAUACUGAUCCAAAUUGGAUUUCAUUUGAAAGAAUCGACGGUCUGACCAUGAUCGGCAGUGGCACAUUCGACGGUCAAGGAUCCGCUUCUUGGAAAUACAAUAAGGGUGGUGGUGGCUCUCUUCCUGAUCAACUGAAGUUUUUUAAAGUGGAUAAUUCUGAUAUAUCUGGGAUCACAUCUCUCAAUAGCAAAUAUUUUCACUAUCAUAUUGUAUCUUGCACCAACGUUAACUUCCACAAUCUCCAUAUAACUGCUCCUGGAGACAGCCCUAACACUGAUGGCAUGCACAUUAGCAGUUCUACCGGCAUCAAACUUACCAACUCUGCUAUUGGUACCGGUGAUGAUUGUGUCUCUAUUGGACAAGGUGCCACUGAUGUUACCGUUAGCAAAGUCACCUGCGGCCCUGGACAUGGCUUCAGUGUUGGGAGUCUUGGAAAGUACAAAAAUGAACUAGAUGUGAGCGGAAUUACUGUGACCGAUUGUACACUCUCAGGCACUACAAAUGGAGCUAGAAUCAAAACAUAUGCUGGAUCGGGUCCCAGCAAUGCUAAGAACAUUAUUUUCAAUAAUCUUAUUAUGAACAAUGUAAAGAACCCCAUAAUCAUCGAUCAGUUUUAUGGUUCCAACAGCAAGCAGGCAUCGAAAGUGAAGCUGAGUGACAUUCAUUUCACGAACAUUAGGGGGACAUCCGGUACACCCGAAGUAGUGACCUUAAAGUGCAGUUCAGCUGCUCCUUGUUCUCAAGUCGAACUCUCCAACAUUAAUUUAAGCUUUGGAGGCGCGAAAGGGAAAGCUUCAUGUUCAAAUGCAAAAGUUGUAGGAAAGCCGAGUCCAGUAACUUGUCCUAAAUAGCCAUAUUCAGUUUUAUAUUUCAUUCUCUUUAUGUCCGUUUCUUUUUGUUGAGCUUAUUGCUUCUGCUGCUAUUUUCGGGUAAUACAUAAAAGCUUUGGGGAUUAUAUAACUCUUAUACGUUGUAAUUUACAUUUUGUGUAUUGAGUUGCUCCCUUUUCAAGAAUAGAUCUUCCAUCAUCUUGGCGAUCUGAUCGUCCAAAGUUUCGAUGGCUGAAGAGCGAUUGUCAUUAUAUGUCACAAUUUGUAAAUGUGACCGAUAAGAAUGUCCAAAUUAUAUUUUAGGAAUGUAUUUGGCUAAAUGGCUAAAGGUGCGGAUAUUAAAAAUCA